AUGGCCAUUUGCUACGCCUCGUCUGCGCCGUUACCGCCCUCGUCGUCGAACCAUGUGCAGAAUGGCGAGAUGGAUGACGAGGUGCCGAAGCAUCUGUAUGACCGAUUACCGGGGCAUAUGAUGACGAGGGAUAAGAUGGGGAGGGAGGUUCCGGACUAUUUGAAGAUGAUUUUGAUGUCAAAGACCUAUGCGGCACCACUGAAGCUGAAGGAGACACCUUUGACGCUGGCUGUCAACCUCUCGGCGAGGCUGGGGUGCGAGAUCUGGCUCAAGCGGGAAGAUCUGCACCCUGUGUUCUCAUUCAAGAUUCGCGGGGCGUACAAUAUGAUGGCACAUUUGAGCGAGGACGAGAAGGUCAAGGGUGUGAUUACCUGCUCAGCGGGAAACCACGCCCAAGGCGUCGCUCUGUCCAGCAAAGCUCUCAACAUCCCCGCUACUGUUCUCAUGCCUACUACCACCCCUUCCAUCAAAUGGCGCAACGUCCAGCGCCUCGGCGCCAAUGUUAUCCUCCACGGUGCCGAUUUCGAUGCCGCCAAAGCGGAAUGUCUCCGCCUGUCCGCGCGCGACGGCCUGACCUUCAUCCCGCCCUACGACAACCCCUAUGUCAUCGCCGGACAAGGCACGAUCGGUAUGGAGAUUUGCCGCCAGAUCCCCGAUAUCGACUCGCUCGACGGGAUCUUUGCUGCCGUCGGCGGUGGAGGAUUACUGUCGGGUCUGGGGACGUAUGUCAAGCGUGUUGCGAGGCCAGAUCUGGGGAUAUAUGGGGUAGAAACGGUAGAUGGGGACGCGAUGGACCGGUCUCUCAAGAAGGGGAAGCGAGUGCUCCUGGAUGAGGUGGGACCGUUUGCGGAUGGUACGGCGGUCAGGAUUGUGGGUGAGGAGCCGUUCAGGCUGUGUAGGGAGGUGGUGGAUAAGGUGGUUUUGGUGAACAAUGAUGAGAUUUGUGCGGCGAUCAAGGAUGUGUUUGAGGAAACUCGUUCGAUCCCAGAACCCUCCGGUGCUCUCGCCCUUGCCGGUCUCAAAGCCUAUAUCGUCCGCAACAACCUCACAGGGUCAAAUAAGAAGUUUGUCGCUGUGGUUUCUGGGGGAAAUAUGAACUUUGGGAGAUUACGCUUCGUCGCUGAGCGCGCCGAGGUCGGAGAGCGGAGAGAAGUAUUGAUGUGUCUCCGGAUACCCGAGAAGCCUGGAUCCUUUGUCAAGUUCCACUCCCUUCUGGACGGCCGAGCAGUCACCGAAUUCUCAUACCGCUAUUCCUCACCAACCACUGGCCACAUCAUCACCUCCUUCCUCCUCAAAUCGGCCUCUUCGUCCGCUUCAGGCCCAUCGGCCGAGUCGCGCGCCACAGAAAUUGCCGAGUUGAUCAGCACGAUGAAGGCGCAUGGGCUCGAGGCGGUCGAUUUGAGCGAGGACGAGUUUGCAAAGUCCCAUGUCAGGCAUUUGGUCGGUGGUCGGGCGGACGUCAAGGAUGAGCGGGUGUUUAGGUUUGAGUUCCCGGAGAGACCGAUGGCGCUGGGGAACUUCCUCAAGGGUCUGAGGAAGGAUUUGACUAUCACCAUGUUCCAUUACCGGAAUCACGGCGCGGAUGUGGGCAAGGUCCUGGUUGGUGUACAGGUACCCCCGGAUGCGUCGGACGAGUUUGAGCAGUAUCUCGAGGAACUGGGGUAUCCUUAUGUGGAGGAGACGGAGAAUAUGGCGUACAAGAUGUUCUUAUGUAGCUAG